AUGAUACGAGAGAUGCAGUUAUUCAAGUCUCUGUUCUUCCGGCAAAGUUCAUUGACGUCGCCACCCGCCUCGGCAUUCCCUAGCCUCACGAGUCCGAUAACGUCGGGCCCCACAGCCAGUCAAUCGGCUGCUACUUCCCAAGCGCGAAGCCAUACCACAGAGAUCGCAACCGGUGUCACUGGAGGAGUACUCGGGCUUGUCGUCAUAGUCACCAUUGCACUACUUGUUCGCAGAAGAAGGCGCAAAAGGCGCGCGGCUGCCCGAGGCCAAGCCUCAAUGGAGGGUCACGAAAAGCCACAACUGCAUUCAGACGACAUCAAGCCUGAUCGGAAAGAGCUGGAGGGGACACGGGUCAGCAAUACCAUGCGUGAAAGGCUAGCUACGGAGAUCGCAGAGCUGUCUGCAAAUGAGGAAGUGGUGCGGAGGGAUAGGUUGGGAGAGUUGCCGUCCAAUGAGCCGACCGGCCACGAGAUGGAAACCACUGAAAACGAGAUGGCCGUGUUAGACAGGAUGGUUUGUCUGACGGAAUCUACUGCGUUGACCAGCGAGAGGAAUGAUGGCGACCGGCCUUACGAAAGAUGA